UUAACGUAUCUCGUAACAAUUAUUUUCAAAUCAAUCCUAUCACGUGCGAGAUUCACGUGUUCGAUUAGAAAAUUAACGAAUUUAUUUUGAAAAAAUAUUCAAUAUAUUAUAAACAAAAAAAAAAAAAAGAGAAAGAGGAGAAAAAUGGAAAUUGGAACGUAUUCGAUGCACAAAUCGAUGACGUAAAAAAAAAAAGAACAAAUGUGUUUAAUUGCUGUCAAAAUAAUAAAUCGAAAAGAAAAGUAACGGGGCGCAAUAGAGUGGUUCGAUUGAAAAAUUGUCAAAAGGAUCGUUACGCGUGUUACUAAUCGAGGAAGAUCGUCGGAUUGACGGCGGACUGUCAACGCGCGUAUAAAGCCAACGAUAGAGAACUCGAUAGGCGGCAGUCUUGCGAGAACCGCACGCGCGCGAGGACGUAGCUGGUGUUCCCUCGACGGCCUUACACGAGGUCGGAAAAUCGAAUAAACGAACUAUCGUUGCUUCUUUCCUGUCAUAGUUUGCUAUCACAUUCAUAUUUCUUUUCUUUUCUUUUUUUUUUUUUUUACUUAUUAUCAAAAUUUUUUCUUCGAUCUAAUUAAUAUCGUCGUCAACAACAAUAACAACAACAACGGUAACAACAGCAACAUCAUCAUCAUCAUCAUCGAGAAGGAGCAACGAUCGAUCGUCUGGAACGAAGUUUCUAUCUUAUUUCUCUCUCUCUCUCUCUCUCUAUUACUCGCUCGUUCUUUUUCUUUCAUUCUAUCUUUCUUCGAUCGAUCGUUCAGAUCUGUCCUUGGUGGAGUUGUGCGUGAUCGAGACACUCCUUUUUGCUAUUACGAUCAAAUCUUUCUUUCCGUCUCUUUCUAUUUCUGAACUGGACUAUAGGAUUCACGGUCAACAACGGUAGUAUUACGUCAAACGGCGGAAGUUGGUUAACACACAACUACAGUAAGCGAUGACAGUUGGCGUGUGACAUCAACUACGACUAUGAUAACUUAUAAUCGUCAAAUCGAUGAAAACUAACGUCCGUUAGAGUAACGUUCAUUCAUGAAUUUCCCCGGGCGUGUUUCGGUGUUGCAUCCUAACGAGAAGAAGAAGAAGAAGAAGAGGAAAAUACAACAUACGUGUUUCUCGUUCGUGUAAACUCGUUGACGAGAGAGGAAUUAAUACUUUCAGUCACGAAGACUGGAAAAGGGUGGAGAGAGAGAAAGAGAGUUAAGAUUUACUAGCUUCUACCGGUAUAAAAAGAAAAAGAAAAAGAAAAAAGGUAUGUGUUUACUUGAAAGAUAGAAGAAAAGAUAAGUAAAAAGAAAAAUAACGGGGAAUAUCUAAUAAGGUAGACAUAGACAAAAAAAAAAUAUUACAAAAAUGCAGAAAUUAAACGAAAACGAUGUGAACAUUGGGAAAAUUGUAAAACCCUAAAAAGGAAGAGAAUAAUAAUAAUAAAAAAAAAGAGAGAAAAAUAUAAGAAAGAAGAAGAAAAAGAAGAAGAAGGAGGAGGAUAUAUCUGUGAAAAAGUGAUAAAAAGAAAGCAGACAGGCUGGAGGAUACGAAGGAAAGAGUUAAGAGGGAGGAAAGAUCGAGGAGCCAGGCAAAGGCUGCCAACAGGGAGCCUCGCGAGAUCAAAAAAGAGAGCUCGAAUAAUAGAAAGAAAAAGGAUCGAGAAAAUAGUCGAGGAAUGCCGUGGAUAAAGUGUUUGGGUGGUGCAGGAGGCAAACCCAGAAGGGGCAAGCCACUGAGCGUCAGUCAACCGAUACACCUGCUUGUCAAG